CCGAGAAUAUUAGGCGUGAUGAUGCAAUUGCCGAGCUUAAGGCCGAAGUAGUGAAACUAAGGGACGACAAUGAGGGGAGCAAUCAGGUCACUUUUCCACUAUCUUGUGUGACAGAGCAAGCAUCUCUUAACCAAGAUCAAGAAUCUGAUACUGAGUGCUCUACUUCUGAAAAGAUACCAGAAGUAUCAAAUCCCAUGACUGAAAUUUUGGCCGGGGCGCCCCUGCUGAAAAAUAGUCAUAGGAAAAAAGGUGCGGAAAAUAUUUCUCAAAUGAUAUCUGAUGGUAUUCAAAAUGAUGCACAGUCUCAAAAAUGUAUUCUUAGUUCUUCUAAUAAUAUAUUAUCACAACAAAGCCAAAUUUCUUCUACAGUACCACUGCUUACUUUAGCUCAAUUAUUCGAUAAAGCGACUGAUGCUGAAUAUGGUGCAAUUCAUGCGAAUCAGGAAGAAAUAUUGUGCUGGUGCUACUAUGGAAAAAAAUUUAUAACUCAAGUUAACGAAGUUACCAAAGGUAACAAAAUUGGUGAGAAAAAAGCGAAAGGAAUUAUCUAUGAUAAAAUGUUAGAGGAUCUUUCUAUUCUCCAUAAAAAGAGAUCUGAAGAAACAGAAGACGAGUCACCAACUCCUGAAAUUUCAGCCGGGGGUUACUGCCAAAAUUCAGCUGAGGUAAGCGAAUUAAUUGCACCUAUUCCUAUUACACAUGGCUCUAAUUCUUUAGGUAAUUCAUCAUUCACGCCUCAAAUCACUCCAGCUGAGUCAGAGAAAGGGACUAAUGAAGUUCAGAUAGUCGAUGAUAGUGAUUGUAGCCACGACAAUGAUUCUGAAGAAGAGAGGCUAGAUGAAUCGGAUGAUGACAGAUAUAAUAGGUAUGAUAGAUAUGAUGAAUAUGGUAGAUGCGAUAGAGGCUAUUAUUAUCGUGAUGGAAGAUACAAAAGAAAAAGCUCACCAAUGAUGAGUCCUAUUAUCUCACCAGUAACCGCCUAG